UUGUGGCAGGUUCGAGAAGAGUUGGACAAAUAUGUGUCUCUUCUGUUGAAGCUUUUGCCCUAGAGAAGGUUUGAUCAAAAAUAAACAAGAGGACAUUAAGAGAAUUGAAGUUGAAGAAGACUCGAAACCAGUAAUUGAUUGUGUUAGUAGAGCUUGUCAUUAAAGAUAUUAAGCUGAUUGCUCGAAGCUUUGAAAGAUUCACCAUCAAGCAUAACUUCCGAGAAACAAAUUUCUUAGUAGACUCCGUUGCAACGUAUGGACAUUUAAGACCGGAAUGAGAAGUUACUCAAUCCCUCCCUCAGAUAUGUACUAUUGAUUUAUGUAUUUAAUGUUGUUUUCUUAUUAAAUAAAGAGAGAAACUUUAUAAAAUUUGUUUGCAGGCUGUAUAAAAGUGUUUCAAUUAGUCUCCAACUCUAAUUGACUCUCAAUUCACAAAACCCAGUAACCCACAAAAAUCUCCCAGAUCCAAAACCAUAAAAAAAAAUGGCCAAUAAACAAUCACAAGAAGGAGAAAAUAUUUCAUCUGCACAAGCAGUCUUUCUCGGGGCUUUAGCUCCUGGUGUAAACGCUCCCACAUGGACAACUCUGAGACUAGCGUUUGUGAUGCUGGGUGUAUGCCUUGCUGUGAUGCUGGGCUUGGCUUUCUCCUCUAGUGACUCUUGGUUGCUUCUUCAUGUUGCAUUCUUGGUCCUCAUCACUAUGACUCUCUUCUUGCUUCUUAGCUGGUUUCUUUCGCAGACUGGUUUGGUUUCUGUGGAACAUCAAAUCCGUGAGAUAGGCUUAGCGCCAACUGAUCAAGAUACAAGCAGAAAAAACAGCAUGAAGAUUGAGGAGAAAGCCCUUUAAAAGGUCAACUUAUUGUUCAUUUAAAGACUACUACAUUGGAUACACAGGCAUGUAAAGACAAGGUUGUUAAAACACCAAGCAGAUGGCAGUAGUUCUCCCUACUUUUUUUUCGUGAGAACUAUUGGCGAGAGAAUAACAUCGUUCAGCCACUCUUGGCUUCUUUCUCCUUGUGUUUGCUCUUUUUGGGUUUGAUGAAGCAGAAGCACGAGCAGCACGGGAACUGAAACAAGAACUUCAUCUCCUUGAUUAUUCUGAUGAUCAUAUUGUGUGGAGAUCAUGAUAUAGUGCUCCACUGUUGGCUUCCUUUAUUCCUCUCUCUCUCUCUCUCUCUCUCUAAAGAUAUGCUUUUCCUCGUCCUUUAUUUUUCUUUUUCCUUUUUUAAGAUAAAAAGAUGCCUAGCUUAGCUUCUACAUCGCAAUCAUCACUGUCACUGGGUUGCUUCUAUUAAUCUGUUACAUUACUUCUUGCAAUUUCUUUUGAAUCAUCUGGAUUCUUUUGAAUA